AUGAGGCCAGAGCAGGCAGUGGACAUCAUGGAGACCCCCUCAGCCCCUCCCAGAAGAAUGGGCAUCCCCUGGCAAGGGCUCCUGGUCUCAGCAGAGUUACCCAAACCCUUCAUCUCAAGCACCAACUACAGCCCUGUGGAGGGCGAGGACUCUGUAGCAUUAAUGUGUGAGCCUGAGACUCAGGACAUAACCUACCUGUGGUGGAUAAAUGGUCACAGCCUUCCAGACAGUGACAGGCUGGAGCUGUCCAAGGACAACAGGACUCAGAAGGCAAACUUCUGCCUCUCCUGCCAUGCAUCCUCUAACCCAGCUGCACAGUAUUCCUGGCUUUUCAACGGGAGGCCCCAGUCAUCCACACACGAGCUCAUUAUCCCCAAUAUCACUGCAAAUAACGGCGCAUCCUAUACCUGCCACUGGCCUCAGUAG